CCCGAUGAAUGAAGAGGAGGCAGUGCUACCAGACUGCUUUCGAGUAGGAGUGAAAGCUUGGCUUGAGAGCGAGCUUUUAGGAGCCAACAGCUGAUGCGACAGUGUGGCAACUUUCGCUUUCGUUUCCGGCUUCUGUUUGUUGUUAUUGUGAGAGCGCUGUGUCGUGUGAGUGUGUUGGUGCACUUGUGAAUGUGUGUGGCGAUUUCAAAGUCAGACAGAAGCAGCAGCAACAACAACAACAACAACAACGUGAGCAUAAUGAGCGAAAGAGAAAGCGACUGCGACGCGCGGAGAGAGAGGCCAGAGCGGAGGCAGGACUUCGGGCAGCGACGCUAACGGUGUAUCCUUGUUGAGAGUUUCGCAAUAUAUUUUUAUUGCAGCAGUCUCAUCGAAAGCGUCGAAGCAACCAAAUCGCAUCGAACACCCGAUAAAUCGGCGGGCUGCUCGUACAUAUCCAGCUACUUCAUAAAGGCCAGCCAACUACCCACCUAAGCUAAACCAAAAUCAAAAAAAAAAAAAAAUAACCAAAAUCACAACUAAAACUACAACUACAACUACAACUACAACUAAAACUAAAGCUAAACUCGACUAAGUAAACGAACUAAACUAAAAUUGAAGCCAGAGGCUCUUACAACUUUUACUAUUAGCUAAAGUUAGACCAAAAAAAAAAAAAAACAGAGGAAGACCAAAAGAAUCUCAGACCAAGCAAAAUGAACAUGAACGACAGUCGACGCAACACGGCCACGGAAUUCAGCUAUAUACUGCAGCGCCAGGGCAGCGAUGUGUCGGUCGCCGAGGCUUAUGCAUUCGAUGACUUCAACAAUAUAAUGAAGAAUAACCAUCAGACACAUCAGCAACAGGGCCAGCCGCAACAGCAACAUCAGCAGCAACAGCAACAGCAGCAGCUACAGCAACAGCAACAGCAGCAGCAACAUCGUCAACCUUCGCAGCAGCAACCACACCAGGAUGCUGGACUGGGCGACACGUUGUCCUCGCUGCCACAGGCAUCGUUCAACUACAUCAACUCCAUUGUGGGCAGCGGCGUCAUUGGCAUACCCUACGCUCUCCACAGGGCCGGAUUCGGCCUAGGUUUGGCCCUGCUCAUCCUGGUGGCCUACAUCACCGACUACUCACUCAUCCUAAUGGUCAGAUGCGGCCACAUUUGCGGCCGGUUCAGCUAUCCGGGCAUCAUGGAGGCCGCCUACGGCAAGUACGGCUACUACUUGCUCUCCCUUCUGCAGUUCAUGUAUCCCUUCCUGGCCAUGAUAUCCUACAAUGUGGUGGUGGGCGAUACGUUGUCGAAAGUGCUGGUUCGCUUCUUUCCCUCCUGGGGCGGUUCCAUGGGCGCUGUUCGACUGGGCGUUGUCUUCUUCGUCAAUGUGGGCGUGGUAAUGCCUCUAUGUCUUUAUAAGAACGUCUCCCGACUGGCCCGUGCAAGCUUCAUUAGCCUGGCCUGUGUGGUCUUCAUCCUGUUUGCGGUCAUCAUCAAGCUCAUGUCGGGCGAUUAUAAAGUAACGGACACGGCGGAGUCUUGGCGGUUCGCCAACUCGGAUCUUAUCCCGGCCACGGGCAUCAUGGUCUUCGCUUUCAUGUGUCAUCACAACACCUUUCUCGUUUAUCAAUCGAUGCGCGACGCGACCAUGGAGCGCUGGGAGAAGGUCACCCACAUUUCGAUUGGAUUUGCCUGGACGGUGGCGGCCCUGUUCGGCAUCGCUGGCUACUCCACCUUCCGCGCCUUAUCCCAAGGCGACCUGCUGGAGAACUAUUGCUGGGAUGACGACCUGAUGAACUUCUCGCGUGUACUCUUCUCUAUAUCGAUACUACUGACCUUCCCCAUCGAGUGCUUCGUUUCCCGCGAGAUUGUGCGCGCCCUCGUCCAUCGGUUCGUGCUGAAGGAGCCCAUCAGCGAGUUCACCCAGGACAAGGACCCCAGCCUGGAGAAGGGGGCCAUAAUCGAUGAGUACUCGAAAGCCAUUACCAUGGCCAUCGUGUUCAGCGCCUUCGUCAUCUCGCCCAUGACCGACUGCCUCGGUUCUGUUUUGGAGCUGAAUGGUCUCCUGGCGGCCAUACCCUUGGCCUACAUCCUGCCCGGUCUGGCCUACAUCCAGAUGGAGCCGCAUGCCCUGCUUAGCCGCGAGAAGCUGCCCGCCUUGGGCCUGGUGGUCUUUGGUGCCCUGGUGACUAUCUUGGGGGCGGCAGUGCUCCUGCCGGGACUUAUGGGCGGCGACUGCCGGUCGGAUAUUGUGAUGGGUUACUGCCGGCAGGAAUUCCAGAAUGCCACCUCAACGAACUAAGUGGUCGGUCGGUCGUUAGGCUGGCCGGAAUGGAACGGAAGUCAACUUACGAUUUAGGGUGCGGGUUAGGGAUCGUAUAUUUGUUUUUUUGUUUUGGGUUGAAACUUUUAAGUUCACCUUCGGUUGGUUAACACAGCUGCACCAUGUCGCAUCGAAAGAAACUUGUACCUGAGUCCCAGACGUUCAAAGUAUCUGCGUAAGUAAGUAGUAGGCACAGUGUUGUAUUGGCUAGUGGAAAAGUGAUACGGGCGAACCUCAGUACAAAGGCCAGGCAUUAUCUCCGAUCGAGCAAAGACCCCUGCAUAUUUGCACCGGAUAGUUAUUUUCCAUUUCGUUGGAUCCCCGUUGUUGAUGUCGAUAUUGUUGAAAGUAGUGAAAGUUCCUCGAUACUCGUAUAUAUGUAUGUAUGUUUUUAUGUACGCUCAGAAAGGCAUCAAAAAUUGACGAAAACGAAUUGAAUGAAAAAUCGAAGAAAAACUAAAACCAAAACCAAACUAGAACUAGAUGUUAUCCGUAGCUUUAGCGUAGUCUGAAACUUUUUGGGCACCAAUAUACACAUGCAAACCUUAACGACAACCGACGAGAGACCCUACAAAGUUGAGAAGCAAAUCAAAAUCGAACAAGUAUUAUAUGUAUGUAUGUACCGACAACUAUUUGUAACUAUGUAUGUAUAUCUAUUGCCCCGACGUUACCAAAUCAUAUUCCAAUAUAUGAUUUUGAUAUAUAUAUAUAUAUAUUAUAUAUAUACAAGGAGUAGCUAACUGCGCUUUAAACCGAACUAAAAUCAAAUUCUAACCAUCAAAACACAUCGAUUCGAACAACAGUUUUUAAGUUGUUAAACAGCACUGAAUUCUUUUUUGAAUUACGUAUAUAUAUACACGACACAGACACACAUAUUUAUAUAUAUACACAUAGACAUAUAUUUUUCUAUAACUCUUGAUUUAUACUGCACGAUAUUAUGUAAAUACAUGUGUAUGCAUUUUUGGAUGUGAUUAAAGUCUUUAUACACAAACACCCA